AUGAUUGGGAUUGGUUGCAGUAACAUUUAUUACAUAAACGAUCACUUGGACAAGAGAACAUGGACUUAUAUAUUCGGCGCGUGUUGUGCAACCACUGUGUUCAUACCGUCGUUUCAUAACUACCGAAUCUGGUCAUUCCUCGGCUUGGGUAUGACCACUUACACCGCCUGGUACUUAGCCAUCGCCUCCAUUAUCCAUGGCCAGACCGAAGGUGUGAAGCACACAGGUCCAACGAAGCUAGUGCUUUAUUUUACCGGAGCUACCAAUAUCCUGUAUACCUUUGGUGGUCACGCUGUUACUGUUGAGAUCAUGCAUGCAAUGUGGAAACCACAAAAGUUCAAGUACAUUUACUUGAUGGCGACGUUAUACGUUUUCACACUAACGAUUCCGUCAGCUUCCGCCGUUUACUGGGCCUUCGGAGAUGCACUUCUCGACCAUUCCAACGCGUUCUCUCUUCUCCCCAAGAACGCAUGGCGUGACGCUGCCGUUAUCCUCAUGCUCAUUCACCAGUUUAUAACGUUCGGAUUCGCUUGUACCCCGCUUUACUUUGUGUGGGAGAAAGUGAUAGGGAUGCAUGACACAAAGAGCAUUUGCUUGAGGGCUUUAGCUAGAUUGCCUGUGGUUAUACCGAUAUGGUUCUUAGCUAUUAUCUUCCCAUUCUUCGGUCCAAUCAACUCAGCCGUUGGUGCUCUUCUGGUUAGCUUCACGGUCUAUAUCAUUCCCUCUCUGGCUCACAUGCUCACUUACCGAUCUGCCUCCGCUCGUCAGAAUGCGGCGGAGAAGCCACCGUUCUUCUUGCCAAGCUGGACGGCGAUGUACGUGUUGAACGCUUUCGUGGUGAUUUGGGUUCUAAUAGUUGGAUUCGGGUUCGGUGGAUGGGCUAGUGUUACCAACUUUGUUCGUCAAGUUGAUACUUUUGGUCUCUUUGCUAAGUGUUACCAAUGUAAAUCACCGGUUCCAGCUGCAGCCACUGCGCACGCUCCAGUCUCCGCUUUACACCACCACCUUUGA